AUGUGUGGCGAAAAAGCAAUGUUCCUUUAUGGCUUGGACAAGACUGAUGACCAAGGUCCACUAUUUCCGAAUCCUCAUCCACCUACUUUUAAUGAUGCUGUACAAUUGAUACAACUUGAUCUAAGUAGUCUUGUCAGACUGGCACAUGUCGCCGCAGGUUCAACCCCACCACCAGAAAAUUAUGAUUUUCCUGCAAUUGAAAAUAUCGAGCCUGAUAAUGGAAUAGCAGUCGGGAUGGGCAUUGAUGCUGCUUUUGCUGCUGCGAAAUUUCAUUUUGAUCUCACAAAAAAAUAUUAUUUUGUAAAACUUUUUCCUCAAUGUGCUAAAAGUAUUGGUUUGCUGGCAGAAAAUCAAGGUCCCGAGAAUCGCGAAUUUGCGCAUGAAAUAGUACGCCAAGCUCUCAUGUUACCUGCUGGUAGUCCAUUAUAUAAAGAUAUUGUGAGAGGUGCUGUUCAUAUUGUUGGUGUCUGGAUACUUAGUGGGGAAGAAGAGAGACCAGCAUUCUUACGCAAAUCUCCAUCACAGGGUCCACUAUCUGCUUCUACAAUUGGAUCUUUUAGUAAUCAGAUUUCCUCAGUUGACAGUCAGAGUGAGCAACCAAGUACACCAGUUAUUACACCUUCAUCGGCUACGUCUUUUUCCACAACAUAUUCGGAUGCCAAUGUAUACCUUCGGAGAUAUAUUCAAUUAUUAAGUCUCGUUUUCGAAGAUCAUUCCUUCAUGACUCUUAAUGGUAUGACAAAUCUAGAGGUAGAUUCGCAAGUUUCAAUAUAUAAGGACGUACUUGCUCUUUAUCGAUCAAUGAUUUCGGAGGGGCCUAUUGAGUUAGAGGCAGAAACAUGGGAAGUUCUACUUUUGUCACUUUUGGAUAUUCAAGAAAAAAUUAUGAAUCAGAAGGAUAAAUAUGCUGCAAUACCCUCGGUGUCAUUGGCAGAAGAACUUGCAGAUUACUUAGUCGAAGUUACUCAACAACCUGACUUAUGGCGGGAAUUAAGAAACCAAAUGAGUUAUAGUACAAGAUGGUCUCAGACUAUCUCCCAAUGGGCUAAAAUCAUGCUGCGUCUUACUAAAAUAAUUUCGAAACACGUAUAUAAUGUUGAUCUUGAUGCUCUUGAAUUAGAUCGUCGACUUUCAGAACUUUCUACCUCUGAGCGACACUAUCAUAGACGUAGACCUUCCAAAAAUCGCACACGACAUCUUUCUUUGCGAGGAACACACAAACAUAAAUCUUCUGGUAGUACUUCUUCACGUGAAGAGGUCUUGGGGGCUCUCAAUGCCGAAUUUUCAUUUUCUUUUAAUAAUAAAAACCCUCCUGAUAGUAAUAAAUCCGGUCGUCGAGCACUGAGUGUGCACCAAGAUAUGAAUUCGUUGGAUUCAAGAUUAUUAAGUGGACAGGCUUUAUUUAAUGUUGUAAACAGCGGCCCUGCUUCAUCAACACAUUCUGGUAGUGUUGCAUCAGAUGAAGAUGGUGAAGAGGUCGAAGGUGAAGAUGACUUUUUCGAUGCUAGUAGCGAGCUUGCAUUUGAAGAUCCGGCUGAGCCUAAAUGGCUAAUGGUCAUUCCGACCAAUCUUUUUACAGAUACAGAAUUAUGCCAAUUAGUAUUUGAUGUGGUUGACAUGGCACUUGAAGCCCCGGACCGAGAUAGCAAUGUGAGAUUUAAGAAAGCAGAGAGAAAAGUUGCGUCGGGCUCAACUUUUGAUAAUGAACAGAAUAUUCACGUGGUUGGAGUAGAAAAUGAUAUAGAGGAUGCUAAUUUUGUCAAAGUAAAAGUUAUUGAUUUAUUUAUUCUGUUGGUACAAUGUCUAACUUGGAAUUUGGAAUAUAUAAGCACUUUAAUAGGACCAUUAGGAUGUGACACCAAAGAUGAUGAGGCAUCUGAUAAUUACCAUUAUUUUUCUUUUAAUGAUACGACAAUAAUUACUUUAGUUGAAAUACCAGGAGAUAACGCACCAGACUUUUCUGGCCGAUACGCGUGGGAUUCUAGUUUAUUUUAUAAAGCAUCUUUUGAUGAUAAAUAUUCUGAGAGAGAAAAUGCGCAUAAAAAUGCUGAAAAUAUUGACCAUAUAAUUUUGAGACCUGAUAUCAAAGUUGAGUCAAAUAACAAGCCUAAUAUUGACCAACAUUCAUCAUAUACAAAAGAUGAAGAGGUUUCACCUAGCACAUCAUUAAAUGUUGUAAAUGGUUUAUCUCAAAUUGAAGAUCAAUUAGACCGGCACAUACAGGAAGAAACACUCUAUGACAACUCAAUAAAUGGCCAAGCAAACAAUAUCUUUCAAGAACGUGAAAAUCGACAUGCGGUCAAACGGCGUUCGCGAAAUCCACUAUAUACUCGGUCGACAUCCUACUUAUCGCUAGGGGCAGAUUUUUCACUAUCAAAGUCAUUUAUUCCAGUGCUGCCCCCUGAAGCUGAAAAACCUACAGAACCUUAUCAACUUUGUCGAUUAUUUUUAAGCCAUUUUGGAUGGCUUGAUCCUGAAGCAUUGAAAGACGAUUCCAUCUGCAUGUUAAAUAAAUCAUCUAAUUUAUUUCGUGAUAUACGCUUUUUAGACAAGAAGCAUGCUCGUGAGGUAAUUAAGGUUGCACUCUUGUAUGUUGGUCCUGGUCAAGAAAACGAAAAAAGUAUUUUACAUAAUACGAAUGGUAGCCCUUCAUAUGAUGAAUUUGUGGAGAGUCUUGGAUGGGAAAUCGAGCUUGCGACACAUCCUGGAUAUCUUGGUGGAUUAGAACGAAAUGCAACCAAUGGUCUUACCUCAAUUUAUUAUUGCACUUCGACACUCGAAAUAAUUUUCCAUGAUGUAACAAAGAUGCCAACCGAUUUAACUGAUCCUAAGCAACUAAGAAAAGUAAUGUUAUUAUUAGCUUUGCGUCAUAUUUCAUUUCAUAUGCUAACAUUACUUUUUCAUUACCAGAAACGUCACAUAGGUAAUGAUCAUGUUCACAUAGUAUUUAACGAGCAUAACAGAGAUUAUCGUAAGACGACUAUUGGAGGUGAUUUUGGCAACGCACAAAUUAUUGUUACUCCUUUGCCUAAUGGCCUGUUUAGCAUAGACAUUUAUCGCGAUAACAAAAUCCCUCCAUUUGGGCCAUUAUUGCAUGGUAUGGUAGUUUCAAAAAAUGUGUUAGGGCCUUUGGUACGACAAACAGCGGUUCAAGCAUUUCGAAACAGUUUGCGUAAUAUUCAUAGUUCGAAUAUAACAAUGUGUCACAAUUCAUAUAUGGAACGUGCAUCAGAUAUUAGUUUAAUAACGGGGCGGCAUAAAAAUCCCAAUUGUAAUACUUAUGAAGCAUUUAUGUCAAAAUUUUUUGUCUCGGAUUAUGUUCAUUAA